GAUUUCACCAUAGACAGUUACCAAACUCAAAAGAGAAACACAGUGACAGGGGGCGGGACAAGCGACCGCGAAAUCUGUCAAUCAUGAUAAAGCACUGUUCUAGGCAAUAAAAUUAACAGCGCGUCUCAAAUUACGUCAUCACGCACAUAUCCGACCUGUCCUUGAAGCCACAACACAGGCAAGAUGGUCGCAUACUGGAGACAGGCAGGCCUCAGCUACAUCCGCUUCUCCGCUAUCUGCGCUAGCGUGGUGCGGGCUGCGAUGAAGCCGCAGUUCAAAGCCGAAGCAUUAAAGGCCGCAGAAGCCAACGUUAAAGUCCUGAAACCCAAAGCAGCUGCAUGAUUUAACAAGAUGUACUUUUUCUUCCUUGAGUUUUGAGAUCCUGUCCUGAGCACUGUGGAAAAGAGAAAGGAGAACAUCUAGAUGACCUGAAUGAAAUUGCAGUGAUUUUUCCCUUUUCAUUUGUUAUUAUAAUUGUAUUAAAGAUGGAUAUUGGAAA